ACUAAUGGCUUAUUCUUUUCUGUGGAUCCAUUAGCCUGAUUCCGAUUCAAUUGCAUUGAACGUAGUUUCAUAUUUAAAUUGUUAAACAAUCGUAAACAAAUAUGAUAGCAGAUGUAGACAAAUGGAUUGAAAUUGCCAAAAGGUGUAAAUAUCUCCCAGAAGACGAUUUGCGAGAGCUGUGUAAUAUUGUUUGUGAUCUUCUUUUAGAGGAGCCGAAUGUACAACCGGUACAAACACCUGUAACUGUUUGCGGUGAUAUUCACGGACAGUUCUAUGAUUUAGAAGAACUUUUCAACAUUGGUGGACAAGUACCAGAAACACAGUACAUAUUUAUGGGAGACUAUGUAGAUAGGGGGUACUAUAGUCUCGAAACACUUACAUUAUUAAUGGCAUUCAAAGCUAGGUAUCCAGAUAGGAUAAUUCUGUUGAGAGGAAAUCAUGAAACAUGUCAAAUAACAAAAGUUUAUGGUUUCUAUGAUGAGUGCUUAAACAAAUAUGGAAAUGCAAAUGCCUGGAAAGAUUGUUGCAGGGUUUUUGAUCUUCUUACUGUAGCAGCUUUGAUUGAUGAAUCAGUCCUUUGUGUACAUGGUGGUCUCUCUCCUGAAAUAUCUAUGUUGGAUCAAAUCCGUUGUAUUGAUAGAAAUCAACAAAUACCUCAUAAAGGUGCAUUUUGUGACUUAUUGUGGUCAGAUCCCACAGAAGAUGAUACUAAAUGGUCAGUAAGCCCUCGUGGAGCUGGAUGGCUCUUUGGGAGAGUGGUCACUGAACUUUUCAUGAGCUAUAAUGAUCUCACUUUAAUAUGUAGAGCACAUCAGCUAGUAAAUGAUGGUUAUAAAUAUAUGUUUGACCAAAGAUUGGUCACCAUCUGGUCAGCACCAAACUACUGUUAUAGAUGUGGAAAUGUUGCAUCAAUAAUGGAAUUUAACAGUGUGAAUGAUAGAAAUGCUAAACUUUUUAAUGCAGUGCCCGACAGUGAACGAGAAGUCCCUCCACAACAAGCAACACCCUAUUUUCUGUAAAAAAAUUAGUCUAGUACCUAUUUGUUAAUUAUUCCAUAAAUGUAAUUUUGUACAAUAAAUGUGU